CCGGGCCUGGGGGGGCCGCGCCCGGUGAAGCGCCGGGGCACCGCCAACCGCAAGGAGCGGCGCAGGACUCAGAGCAUCAAUAGCGCCUUCGCCGAACUGCGCGAGUGCAUUCCCAACGUGCCCGCCGACACCAAACUCUCCAAAAUCAAGACGCUGCGCCUGGCCACCAGCUACAUCGCCUACCUCAUGGACCUCCUGGCCAAGGACGACCAGAACGGCGAGGCGGAGGCCUUCAAGGCGGAGAUCAAGAAGACAGACGUGAAAGAGGAGAAACGGAAGAAGGAGCUGAACGAAAUCUUGAAAAGCACAGUAAGCAGCAAUGACAAGAAAACCAAAGGCCGGACAGGCUGGCCGCAGCACGUCUGGGCCCUGGAGCUCAAGCAGUGAGGAAGAGGAGGAGGAAGAGGAGAGAGCGAGUGAGCAGGGGCCAAAGGGCCAGACACAGACCCAGGACUCCCGGCAAGCCCUCGGCUCCGGCUCCGGCUCUGGCUCCGCUCUGAGGACUACUUGCAUUUGGAUCACCCGGUUUAUUUAUGUGCAAUUUCCAUCCCCCUCUCUUUGCCCCCCUUUGAGGCAUCUGUUCCCCACCUCCCCCUCCAAAAAAGUGGAUAUUUGAAGAAAAGCAUUCCAUAUUUUAAUAUGAAGAGGACACUCCCACGUGGUAAGGGAUCCCUUCGACUCAUAGAUUUUGUGUGUGUGAAUGUUCCCUGUUGGCUGUGUAGACACUACCGUUGCCCCUCCUCACCUAACCAGCCCCUUCCAGAUAAAGACAGCAGACACUAGUGCAUAUGUGAAGUGUAUCUUUAAUUCCUGGCCUUUGGAUAUAAAUAUUCCUGGGGAUUAUAAAGUUUUAUUUCAAAGCAGAAAACAGGGCCACUAACAUUUCCGUUGGGGUCAGUAACUAGUGCUGUCCUUUCAUUAGUGACCAUUCCCUAUUCAAAGAUGUUUCCAACAGCUACUUGUUUUGUGCACUUCUGUCCUCUAAAACUAAGUGGAAUUUAAUUAAUAUUGAAGGUGUAAACAUUGUAAGUAUUCA